GUGUUUAAAUUUCUAGCCUUUGUUUACUUGAUUUUGGCUGCUCGGUGUCUCACACAGGGAUACACAAGGAGACGUGCAUUUAACCUCCUUGUUACUGGGUUUAGCCUAUACACAGUCCCGGCAGGCAUUGCCCACUAAGUCCCGCUAGUCUCACCAACUCUGAUGGCUCUGGUGUUGCGACAUCCGCGCUGCCACAUGGUGAGUUUUGUUUUGGAAGCCGUUCUCUCCGCGAUUUUCUCCGGACACUGAGGAACAGGUGGAGGAGGACCGGGGAGGAAUUCCACUUUUUCACAUCAGCAAAGUCGGAACAUGCACAAGGGAAAGCGCGCGGCUUCGUCCCCUCUGCAAUAGCAACAGCUGAUUUGGUGAGCGCGUAAGCAGAGAGUGCAGGCUACUUACUGUCGGUGCACAGCCAGCUCCUGCUCUGUCACUCGGGCUCAGACGGUGACUGUGUCGGUGGCACAGAGCGCGGCCACUCGGUAGACAUUACAGUACCGGGACAGACUCAAGAGAAGCAGCGCGCACCGACAGGAGAGCUCAACCUUGAUACCCACGAUUUUCAUGGAAAUAUCAAGAGUUGAAACCGAACAUAAAAACUUCGCAUGAAGAAGUCGGGAAGCAGACGAAUUGGAUUAUACGGCUCUGUCCUCCUUUGCAUCGACUGAGAAGAGUUGACUACAAAUUUGAAAAAAAAAGAAAAAAAGUUUAGCGGGCAGCAGGCCGUGUAUUAGGGCUCUCAUGCUUCCGGUGUAAGGCCCAGCUGAACAAGAAACCGAGCAGCUUUCUCUCUCACACACACUUUUUUGGAAGCCGAACUUUUCAGAGUGGAAAAUGGGUCUUUGAGAGUGUUGGCACAUUUCCCUAUACCACAAUGGCAACCGAAACCUUUCUGUUGAACGAAGAACCCUCCAGAGGUCCUGGGAUGCCUGAAUGCUUUGUAGUAUCAGAUUCAUACAGGGAUGAAUUUCAUCCCUUCAUUGAGGCCCUCCUCCCCCAUGUCCGUGCCUUCUCAUACACCUGGUUCAACCUGCAGGCGCGUAAGCGCAAAUACUUCAAGAAGCACGAAAAGAGGAUGACCAAGGACGAGGAGCGCGCGGUAAAGGAUGAGCUGCUGGGGGAGAAGCCAGAGAUCAAACAGAAGUGGGCCUCGCGCCUGCUGGCCAAACUCCGCAAGGACAUCCGGCCCGAGUUCCGUGAGGACUUUGUGCUCACCAUCACGGGGAAGAAGCCCCCCUGCUGUGUGCUGUCCAACCCCGACCAGAAGGGUAAGAUCCGCCGCAUCGACUGCCUCCGCCAGGCUGACAAGGUGUGGCGGCUGGACCUGGUGAUGGUCAUCCUGUUUAAGGGCAGCCCCCUGGAGAGCACGGAUGGGGAGCGGCUGGUCAAGUCGCCCCAGUGCUCCAACCACGGCCUGUGUGUCCAGCCGCACCACAUUGGAGUGACGGUCAAGGAGCUGGACCUCUACCUGGCCUACUUCGUCCACACACCAGAACAAUCAGGACAGUCGGACAACUCAAACCAGCAAGGAGACACAGACGUCAAACCCCCACCAAAUGGCCACUUGAGUUUCCAGGACUGCUUUGUGACUUCAGGGGUGUGGAACGUAGCUGAGCUGGUCCGCGUGUCACAGACCCCGGUGGCUACAGCGACUGGCCCCAACUUCUCCCUAGCCGACCUGGACAGCCCUGGAUACUAUAACAUCAACCAGGUGACCCUGGGACGGCGCUCCAUCACCUCCACCCCUUCCACCAGCUCCAACAAGCGCAAGUCCAUUGAUGACAGUGAGAUGGAGAGCCCGGUGGACGAUGUCUUCUACUCAGGCCGUUCCCCGGCGGCUGGCAGCAGCUCUCAGUCCAGCGGUUGGCCUAAUGAUGUGGAUGCAGUGCAGCACCAUUUGGCCAGUGUGCAGGAGAGGAAGAUUAAGCAUGAGAGCGAUGGAGUGCAGUUUCCUUACCAUGGACUGUCAUCGCCUGGUUCUCUUAAGAAGCCGGGGAAAUUCGAUUUCAGCGCCCUGUCCUCCCAGACGAGGUCCCCCCGCAUGGCGUUCACCCACCACCCACUGCCAAUGCUGGCGGGAGUGAGACCAGGGAGUCCUCGUGCUUCAGCCUCGGCCUUGCACUUCCCGUCUCCCUCCAUCAUCCAACAGUCUAGCCCCUACUUCACCCACCCUACCAUCCGCUACCACCACCACCCUGGACAGGACCCCCUGAAGGAAUUUGUGCAGUUUGUCUGUGCUGAUGGCUCGGGGCAGGCCGCAGGACAGCAUACUCCACGCCAGGCACCACAGCUCCCAACAGGUUUGUCGGCAUCGGAUCACGGGACAACAACUUUCUGAACAUCCCGCAGCAGACACAGUCUUGGUUCCUCUGACAAGAUCUGUGUACAAUCCAGCAACUAGAAUCCUUUCUUUACAAUCGGAAAUAGAAAAACAGAGAAACAGCACGCAGGAUAAUAAUUGUCCUCCAACCAACCCACCGACCGGCCCUGACAGUAGGUCUCACCUGAUACAAAAUACAACCAAGCAACACAGGAAAUUGCAACAGCAUGACACUCUUAGAGGAACUCUGGACUCAUUUACCCAGUCAUAGGGAGGACCCGUUUUAAGCAAAGAUGGAUAGAUGGAAAGAUGAAUAGAUGGACAAGAGGAUGCCAGGAUAGAGAAGGAGUAAGGGGACAAACAGCAUCAAGCAGGCAUGUCUCCUGAAAAACCAACGAACCAGCACAACACAGCAGCAACGCAGGAGGAACCUGAGGAUGAAAAAGUGGUCAACUUCUCCUACUUCGUGAGGCCGCAUUGUGUAAUGAAUGGCAAAGAAAAUCAACUGUCCAACAAAAUCAGAUUUUCCAGAUGAAGCAUUUACCCAACAAAGCUACACCCACCAUGAAUCCGCAGCCUGAUCAAAGCAAAGACACAAUUAGGUUUCCAAUGAAAGCGGCAGUCCAUGCUCCUGUUAUGCCUGUCGUCACCUUAAAAACAAAAUCAAAUUUUCUCUCUCUCCGAAUGACCAUUGACUGUAUAAAGCCCCCUUUUUACCCUACUACUAACUAGAGAGAGACCAUGCCAAAACAUUUCUCGAUUAAGGGUUGCACUACAAGCUGAAUCAAUUAACACUAAUCUUAACGAUGUGCACUAUUUACCUACAAGGCAUGGGAGGUAAACCAGACUUGCCUAUCAAGAGUUUUAAAGAGGAAAAAUCAAGGUACAAGAAGCCUUCUCGUGUCCUCAACCCCCAUCGUUCAGUUCGACAAAUCAUUGGCCUCCGCUCAUUCUCACAUUUCCCCGCUCAACACACACUCACUACAAUCUGUACCAUGACCACAGCAUGUAUGUACAAUUGAAAACACACACACAGUUGCCCAGUCUCACCUUUUAGAUUGUAGUAUUUAUAGGUGGUGGUGUUGUGUUAUCAUAUUUUCAUUUUAGAUGCACAUACAGUAAAGCCCAGUGAAUCUCUCUGCCUAUUUGAUCGGACAUCCAAACCACCACACACGCUGGAAAAUCACAGUGUGUGUACAUCAUUACUGACAGUUUCCACAACUGUAGACAGCAGCUCUUGAUUCCCCUUUGUGCCCUCUUGUAAUGUAGAUGAAUGAUUUUGUUCUCUUGUGUGUUCUCUUAUUUGAAUUUAUUCCUUUCGGAUUUGUACUAUUUUAUAAUUGUUUUAUAUUUGAAUGACAGCACCUUAUAGAGAAACACAGUAAGAAGUGGGAUGUGGAAGCGGCAUAGACAGGGUGGUUAGCUGACCCAGAUCAAAUAGUAGCUGCAAAAACUUAAAGGAAAGGUUUGACAUUUUGGGAAAUAUGCUUUUUCGCUCUGUUACCAAGAGGUACAGGAGAAGAUUGAUGCCACUCUUGUGUCUGUACGGUAAAUAUGAAGCUACGACUAGCAAACGUUAGCUUAACUUAGUGCAAAGACUGGAAACACAGGGAAACAGCUAGCCUGACUCUGUCCAAAGGUAACACAAUCAACAAACCAGCACCUCGUUUACUAAAUCCAUACAAAACCUUAGCUUUAAAAACAACAAAUUGCCAUUUUGUGUUGGUUGGGACCUGGCAGCUGGUCACGGCCAAGAAAUAUUCUGGCGCUCAACCCUUUUAAAAGCAGUCAAUUGAUGUUUUUACACUUUGGUUUUUAUCAGGAUCAAACAGUGUGAAAUAGUGGUGUGUAUGCAAUUCAGAAAGUCCGUUUUGAGUGAGAGAUCUGUGAAUCUGAGGGCUUCUCAGAUGCCAGAACACUGCCCAACAGUUUAUAAUAAUAUGGGAAGAUUUUACAUCUUUGUGAAGUUAUCACAGCAUCAGUUAUUUUACAUUUUGUUGCACUGGUCACGAGGUAAACACCGCAAUUGCAGCGUUUACAUUUCAAAGUAAUCCCGCAGCAAUGCGUGCUUGCAUGUAUUUUUUUGGCCGCCACAGCGCCUUACCAGAUGAUGUUGCAUUGUGUUGUAUUUGUUACCGUUAGAGAGGGGCAGGCUAGCUGUUUCCCUUUGUUUCCAGACUAUAUGCUAAGCUAAAUUA